AUGAAUACAUCCACGACGCAGCUCUCUGUGUACUGGGAUGCAGAUGAAGACGCCGAAGAUAUCCGACGAUACACCGCUGGGGGCUUUCAUCCCAUUCGCCUCGGCGACGUCGUGUUUCCUCCUCUGAGCAGUUCAGACUCGAGUCCCGCAAAACAAUACCACGUCCUGCACAAGCUCGGCCGCGGUGCGUUUGCGACAGUAUGGCUGGCCGAGGUGCUCCAUGCCCCGACGCAACAUUAUGUCGCGCUCAAGAUCUGCGCCGCCGAGGCCGAUGCGUGGCACGAACUCGAUAUAUACAACCGCAUUUCUGCCAGCGACGAGAUGCAAAACGUGCUACGGCUGCGCGACAGCUUCUCGCUGCACGGCCCGAAUGGCGUGCACACGGUACUCGUGCACGAUGUGCUCGCGAACGUCUUUGACGUUGUGAACCCGAUUCGGGGGCGUAAGCAUGCUCGGAUGCUCUGUCGUCAGAUUGCGUGUGGGCUCGCGGCGCUGCAUCGGCAUGGGAUCGUGCAUGGAGAUCUCCACUCAGGGAACAUCGGCAUUGCCCUGCCCACGCUCGACGGACAUCCCCCGCGCUCGAUCCUGAACUACUUUGGCAACCCAGAAUGCAUUGUCGUCCUCCCGACCGCAGCUCCGACACACCCUGCGGCACUCCCGCCGUAUCUGUUGCCCUCGAUUUCGAUCUUUGACUACCUGGCGAGUAAGGAUCCCGUAUUCGCGGACACACCCUUCUGCGCGGUGAUUAUGGAUUUGGGAAAUGCGAUCGCAGUCGACGAGGAGACACGCCCGUCGUCUACGCCGGCUGCGGUAUGUGCGCCGGAGCUCAUGUUCGAACGUGUCGUCCGGUCGGUUCGCCCCUCGCCCACGCGAGCGAGCGAUAUCUGGUCGUUUGCAUGUACGAUUUACGAAUUGGUCUUUGGAGGGCGCCUGUUCCGCUUCGCAAAUCCAGAUGAUGCACUGUUAGGUGCGAUGGCGACGCUAUGCGGCGAGGUGCCGCUGGGAUGGCAGAGCUAUUGGGAGUCGCACGAAUGGCUCAGGACCUUAGAUAUCUCGCCCGAGGCUGCUGAUGCUGGAUGGGCACGCCGAUUAGAAGAUCGCAUGACAGGAGGCGGAGAGACACACACGCGGGCAGAACUUGAGGAAAUCUUCGCACUCCUUCGCUCCAUGCUCAAGAUCGAGCCGGAGCGUCGAGCGAGCGCGGAGGAAGUGCUACAGCAUCCGUGGUUUGCUCGUCCAGACGACGCGUCAGGAUAA